AUGGGUGCCUCGCGGGAGAGGGGUCGUGAUGAUAUCACAGCAGAGGGCCGCAGCCCACGUAGUGAUAGUAGACGUAGGGGUGGUAGAGAUAGAUCGAGGCAUGGAUCGGAUGAUGGAGGGGAUGUCCACUCGAAGAGGGUUAGGGAAGAUAGUAAUGCCAGGAGUCAGCGUGAUAAUCCUCGAGACGAGCCGCAUCGUAGCCGUAAUGACGACCCCGAAGAUAGUCCUACUCGGAAGCGUAAGGAGGAUACAGGUGAUGAUGGAGACAGGAAAAGCCGAGAACGCUCUAGACGUAGGAGUCCUAUCAGACGUGAUCGGAGGCCUAGGGAUAGGAGGAAGCGUUGGAGCCGGUCUCCCUCUGAGAAACAGAAAAAGCCUUUCAAAUUCGAUUCCCCACCUAAGGAGCUGGCUGCCCAACUAGACGGAAGUGGAACAUCGUUGCUAGGAUUGCCUCAAACGGUUGUAUCAUCCUCCUCUACCAUAAAGGAGGCCUUCAAUGCUACUCUAGCAGCUGAGAGGCAGAAGAUCGCUAGAGAGCUGUACAUAGGGCAGAUUCCACCUGGCAUAUCUGCAGCCCACUUGAUCGAUGUAUUGAAUGAUAGUCUUAUGAAUAUGGGUGCUAAUGCAAUGCCAGGCCGGCCUAUCGUACAUGGAUGGUUAGGUGGGGAUGGUUUAUUUGCCUUUGUUGAAUUCCGUACUGCAGAGGAGGCUAGUAUAGCUUUAGAGAGGCUCAAUGGGCAUCAGCUUAAGUCAUAUGGUGUGAGCAUUAAAGUAGGCCGUCCUAAGGGGUACAUGGGCCCUGCACCCGAGGAUUCAGUCAAUGCCUAUACUGCAGGGGGCAAUACGGCAUCAUCAUCAUCAUCUGCUAUUCCAGGAGGGAUAUCUGCUGCUGAAGUUGCAUCCGAUACCAGUAGACUAUGCCUCAUCGGAUUCCCUUUGAAGGCAAGUGAACACUCUAUCAAACGGGCAUUACGGAGUGCAGCUAAAGGGGAGAUACGACAUCUAGAGAUACUCAAGCACACUUGGAAUGAUGAACAGAUUGUGCUAGCCGUCUUCGAAUGUGUCAAUAUAGAGGACGAGCAUAGAUUGAAGAAAAAGGGUGAAGUUGAGAUACAAGGCGUGAAAGCUAGGAUUAUCAACCCUAAAGAUGCCAUAGUCAAAGGAUACAUGAACUUUGAUGGUGAUAUAAUGAAGAAGGGUAUGGGUUUGGAGGUAGUCCCGUCGAGAGUACUUGUCAUGACUAACUUUGCUGGUAGUGUUGAGGAGUUAUUAGAUGAUAUCAACUACAGUGAUCUCAUGGAUGAUAUCAAAGUGGAAUGUAAAUCGAUAACUGGUGGUGCUGAUGUCCGAAGUAUUAUCAUACCCCGUCCCGAGACCAAUACUACUAUACCCACAGUCAAUGAUGUUAAUACACCUAAUGGCGAUGCACAUCAUCAUGACUCGGCUACUAUGGAGGAUAGCCACCAGACGACUGUGCAGGGCAACACAUCGACUGCAGCAGUACCAGCUGUGGAUAUGCAAGUACCAGGCCUUGGAUGCUGCUUCAUAGAGUUUCGUAGUGUUGAAGAGGCGGGGCAAGUUAAACGUAUAUUAGACGGACGUAUCUUCGGUGGUCAUGAAGUAUUCGUUACUUACUUCUCUGAGACGCGUUUCCAGAGAGGUGAUUUUGCCAAUCCCAUGCCUAACACAGAUGAGCCUGAAGUCGGCUUGAAAGAUAUAGGGGAGAAUGCGCCGCUGUUGGACGAUGGUAUGGAUACUGAUGAGGAUGAUAAUAUGGUUGAUGCCACCAACAUUGAUGAUUAUGAUGACGGUGAACAGGAUAUGAGAAUACAUAAUAGGGAUGAUGUCAAGGCACGUAAGAGGAGUAAGCAACCAUCACCAUCACUAGCAGCUGAGGAUCUCGAGAUUAUCGACUAAGGCUCCCGCCGGUUGCCUAGCUACUACACGUUUUCUCUAUCA